AAAACAGAAUGUGAAAACAAGCUGGUCUAACGCAAGAGAGAACUCAACUUUCCGGAUUUUCCCAUUGUGAUGUCACACCAAAUGGUGUAGAUAUUUACGUACUAUGUAUGGUCGUCGUUCCUCUUUGGAUUUUAGCAGUAGUUAUAGAUUGAGUUUAGCCUAGACUGCCUGCAUCAGCAAGAAUUUUGACAAAUGUAGUUACCAAUCCACCCCUGAAUAACAGAGAAAAUAUUCAACCAUGCCGUCCUACGAUAGAUAUGGGACCUCGUCAACUGGAAGGUCCUAUGGCUCGUAUUACGACAUGGGGACUGGCAAGAAUUACACACCCUCAUCCUCCUACGGAGCUUCCUCUCGUGCGUACACCCCCUCCUCCUCCCGGCCCUCCUACACACGGACGGCCAGCUACGACCCACCCAAGUACAGGUCCGCUUCGAGCGUCAGCGACACGAUUAAAAAAUUCGGCGCCUCGGACCCCAAGUACUCAUCCACAGGUUAUGCCGCAGACAGGUACCAAUCCUCGGCCGACAAGUAUCCCAGUCUGGACAGGUACUCCAGCAGGAGUGGGUACAUGUCCGACUACGGGGGUGGGAGUCCCUACGGCUCGUGGGACAGGGCUUCUACGAGAAGCUCAAACAGCCGAUACGGCGGCGGAAGUCGCGAGGCGUCGCCAGUGAGCACACGGUCCUCGCGAUAUGAUUACAGCAGCAGCGCCUCUGGACCCUACUCGACCUACUCCUCCUACAAAAGCGGCUCCGACGCCUCGCCGGUUCCUAAGCCGCCGGCCCGAAGUUACGAGCGCCAAUCCUCCCGCGGUUACGAAGCGCCGGCUAACGACACAAAGGCAUCCGUGAGCGGAGGUGGGAGCACAGGUGCGGCGAGGGUUCCAGGAUUACCUGUGGGCAGGCAGGAAGCCAGCAGCAAGCGGGGCAGGCGGGGGGUGUCCGUGAGCAGUGAGUCAGACGACAGUGCGCCUGAGGCCGAGAAGCGGGACCAGACCGUGCGGUACCUCAUUUGCCGGGGGACGUCUCCGAUACCUGAAGGCGAGCCCAAGGAACCCAAGGUGAAGGACAAGGCUAGUAUUUCGAGGACCAGACGCAUUAAAGUUCCGGACAAAAGUCCGAUUCGUAUUGACAAACUCGGUUCGAAGAAAGGAAAUACAGAGAAAGGAACCGUCGAUUGCGCAACUCAGACAAACUUGGAUCAACCACAGGCCAGACGACAGCGCACCUCGUCCAACUCAAGUUUCGCGCCAAGCGGGGGUGCAGGAGGCGGAGGGUCUGGCAGCACGAGUCAACCAGGCGAGACGUUCUACAAGUACAGGGACAAGGUGCUGGGAGGGCCCGCCCCCACUCAUGGCUACGGCAAGGGGAGCGGGCCGUCCACGCCCUCCUACUCCAAGACACCGUCUACGCCAGCGUCUCGCAACAGUUCUCGGUCAACUCUAAAGGACGAGCCGCGGAGGAGCUACGCCGACGAGGGUGUGAGUACUCCUCCCAAUGAGCGCUCGUGGAGGCAGUCAGUCUACGGCGAGCCCGCACCGAGAGGUAGCACACGGAGAGAGGAAGACAUGGAGGAGGAGGAUGAGAACGACACCGAUGACCGCAGCAGCCGUCACGGGCGUCGCCGGCGAGAGGGACCACGCACCAGCACGCCGAGCACCCUGAGGGACAGGGAACAAGACCACGGCAGCGCCACGGACGACAAGCGAUCUUCACGCAAGUCAAAAGCCUCGAGGUCCAGCUCGCGAGAAGACAUGCUUGACGAUCGACCCCGCAGGAAGAGACAUUCAAGCAAAGAGCUCCUGGACGAGCGUGAACCGGAAGGAGGGGACAAACCCCCUUUGACUCCCGAGACAUUGUCACUCAGGGACAGCAUCGAGAAGGUUCAUCAGUGGAAACAAAAUCUCCCGCCGCCGGAGCCGUUAUCCCCAGAGAGCCGACACGUCAAGCGUCACCCGGGAGUCGGGGCAGAGAGCCGGGGUGAGGUGUACGAGGAGCUGCCUAGCCGGGCUCGCGUGCCCCGGCAGUACAGCAACCGUGAGGAGUCGCCACCUUUACCCAGAGAUGACUCGCCGUCCAGGAAAACCCGUCACAAGGCGUCCCGGCAUGCGUCACGACAGAACUCCCACGACAGUAUUCUAGACGAGGAUGAAGACGACGACCGGGAGCAGAGAUUACCCAACAAAGAUUUCCGGAAGUCGGAACUCAACAAGGCCGAGCACUUCUACGAGGAUCCCGAGGCUUUCGAGCGAGAGUUAUCGCCCGGCGAGGCGAGGAGACGACAGAGGAGAAGCGAUGGUUUCGAUCACCCAGGGGGUCAAAAGAUGAAAAAAUCCGGCAGCUCGUCCGAAGCGUUUUCGAAAGAAGAUUCCCCAAGCCGACACCGUCACAGCGGAAUCCAACGCCCAGUAGCAGACGACCACAAGCGUUUGAUCCGCGACAACUCCAGAGACAGCCUUCUGGACGAGAGACGCCGCUCCAGGCGCGAGCAGCACGACAACGACAUCAGCGACAGCAACGGGUCACAGUUCGGGUUCAACAGGGAGGAGUCGCCCAACAGACGGAACAGCAAGUACAACCGGCACAGCCGGCAAAACUCGCGGGAAGACGUGCUGGACGAACGAGGGCAGAACUCGGCCAGGCAGAGACCAAACCAGCUGGGCGUCAACGCGGACGGAGGGCGAGUACCGCAAUCCGUGUCCAACCAGUCUUUGCCGGAUAUCGUGCCAAGUCCGGACAAUGAGUGGGUCGGAAGUCCGGACCAACCGAAACAAAGCAAGCAGUACAAAGGUCAGAGGUCAGGGAUGAUCGGUGAAGUCGACGACAUCGACAGCGUCUUGAAUGGAAACCGGAAAUCGUUCAAGGGAGGCUACAACAUCAUGGACGAGCCCGUUCCACACACGUCUCACUACCCUCUGAAGCCGGCACCGGCCUCGCCACUGAGCCCGGGCCAGGACACCGACCGCAAGGCGCGCCCCAACAGCUACGCCUUCGAGAGGGACAAGCGACAGGGCGGGAACAACAUGAAGCAGUCCAAGUCCCACGGCGACAAGCUCAUCGACAUCGACGACGACAACGUCGAGGCGCAGAGAUCCGGACAGCUGUCAGCGCCGCCCGCUUCCGGUCAACGUGCACCGCGGCAGCCGUCAGCCACAGCCAAGCAGAUGUGGGGCAUCCUCCAGAGCAAGAAGGGCCUUGUGACCAUCACCGACUUCGUCAGCCUGUGCGAGAAGCCGGCGCCACAGAGGAAGCUCAUCACCGUGCCCGGAGCAGACGAGAACGACUUUGCCGGCUACAAGAGCGCUGAUGAGCUGCUGGAGAACAUGGGCGUGGACGUCAGGAAGCUUGAAGACUGUGCAUUACAGAUAUAUCGUUAUCACAGUGGAUCUCAAGCAGAUUUUGGUACAUACCUAGAUCUAGAAUCUACCUUGGCUGAACAAGCAGAUGAAUUAGAAGGAUUUAGUGAUCAGAGGAAAAACACGCUGAUAUUAAGGACACAGUUGACAGUGAGGGUACAUGCUAUUAUAGAAAAAUUGUUAAACUCCACUGGCAGAGAGCUAAGAAGGGCACUAUUUUCUCUCAAACAAAUUUUCCAGGAUGACAAAGAUCUUGUGCAUGAGUUUGUCAACAAUGAUGGGCUGGACUGUCUCAUCAAGGUGGGAACAGAAGCUGAUCAGAAUUAUCAGAACUACAUCCUCAGGGCAUUGGGACAAGUUAUGUUGUACGUGGAUGGUAUGGAAGGAGUCAUACGACACAACGCUACGGUCCAGUGGCUCUACUCUCUCCUGGCAUCAAAGGGUCGGCUGGUUGUGAAGACGGCCCUGAAGUUGCUGCUGGUGUUUGUGGAGUACACAGAGUCCAACACAACCCAGCUGGUCAAGGCCAUAAACUCGGUGGACAGCAGGAGGGGGCUUCACCCCUGGACCAACAUCAUGUCAAUACUCAAUGAGAAGGAUGGGGCUGACUCGGAGCUGCUGGUGUAUGCCAUGACGCUGGUCAAUAAGGUGAUCAGUGCCAUCCCAGACCAGGACACCUUCUAUGACGUCACUGACGCACUAGAAGAGCUGGGCAUGGAUGCCGUCACCCAGAGACACAUGCACAAGCAGGGGGCUGACCUUGACCUCCUGACACAGUUCCAGAUUUAUGAGAGUGCCUUAAAACAUGAAGAUGGAGAAGACUUUUCUGUGAUCUCAUUGGUUGAUAAUUUAAGACGAGUACCCAGACAAAAGAGUGAAGGUCAGCCUAGAAAAUCCAAGAGGCAUGAUGGUGGUAAGAAGAUGAGUAAAGCUCAGAGCACCUCCAGUAUACCACAGAUGGUGGCAGGUGCAGAGACACCAGCCGAGGCUUUCAGGAGGAGGAGACAGCAACAGAAGGAAGAGUCAAGUGUCCCGCCCCUAGAUGAGGUCGUUGACACUUACGGUCAGAAAGGCAGGAAACCUGCGCCUGGAGAGUGGGCCCCACCUGACACACAAGGGAACACAACCACUACCUCCCCACAGAAUCCACGAAGCCAACGCCGAAAUCGUCAGAAGACUUUAAUCCAAGAGCAGCAGGAACUGCAGGUGAAACCCAUUCCAGAGUUUCUCAAACCAUCUCACACAGCAGACCCCACGCAGAGGCCCCGCCGGAGCCUCCCCGCUCUCUUCACACCGGCUCACCAGCAGUCAGCAGCCAUUGGCUCACCUUCUGCAACACUCAACCAGCCACCUUACGAGAGUACUCGGCCGACUUAUGACAGUACACGGCCAUCUUCCGACAGUACUCGGCCAUCUUAUGACAGUACUCAGCAGUCUUAUAACAGUACCCAGCAGCCAUUGGGCAACAAUAACGAUACUACCAAACAAGAGUCUUUCAUUAGGGACAAUGUUGUACAAGUCAGUCCAAGGGAGGGUGUACCUAGAGGUCACCAGGAUAACUUAAUAGGGGGUAGAAGGAAUAUACCUGACCCAAGGAGUAGCAUGGAAGUUAAUAACACAGGGGACAGACUCAGUAAUAGUGGUAGGGGGAAUAACUGGGAAAAUAUAUCUAAUGAGACUGAAUUACAGAAUAGGCAAACACAGUACACUCAGGGUGGGAGGGAGAAGACUGAAGACAGCGACUGGUUUAAUAACAACAAAGAGGCCAUUGAAAUCUACAGUAAUAGGGUGAGUAGACAGAUGUUGAACAGGGAAAACGCAACUCUAGACUUCCGGAAUGAGACGUCGCAGCAGUACCAUUCUAGGGAAGAAAGUAACACCUACCCCAGUCACAGAGGGGGCAGAGAGCCCAGCAGUAGCUACUCUAAUUCCCCGCUGACAAACUUUUCUGGUGACCGUCACGCCCCAGGGUCAGCCGUACCCCCCAUGGUGAGCAAGUCAGAAAUAACUUACCGUGAUCCCUACUGGUCAUCCAUGUCUGACCUGCGCUCGUCAGUGUCGUCGUCCUUGAGCAGCAGCAGCAGCAGCUCCCACCAGGAGAUCCAGCACCAUCACCACCCCCACUUCUACAACCACCAGCACCACUCUGCCAGCCAUGACAGCCAGCUGUCCCAGCCGUGGAGCCCAGCUAGCAGUGAGUUGACAGCUGAUAACUUGAACUUCCAAGGUAAGGGCCCGCCCUACAAUGAAUCAGGGUACCACAGCUUUGCUGAGGCCCAGCUUGACCCCAACGCCAUGGAGACCAGGAACAACGCCAUCAACGACGAGCGCAGCGACUCAGUCCAGUCCAACAACCAGCGCUGGCAGAACUACAAGCAGGGGCACAACGGGGACGUCAAGAGUCCACUGUCACCUGUGGCCAAAACAGUGGAGAACGGGUUCCCUGGGUCAGGUGAGGGUCAGGUCAAGGGGAUGUUAAACAAACUGAAGGGCGAGGAUUUGAAGCUACCCAAAGAGGCCAUGAGGCCGGCAGGAGAUUCCAGUGGGUUGAUAUCUGCCGCUAAAGAUGGUCUGACACGGCAGAUAGCACAGAAGGUAACCCCCGCGCCUGAACCAGAGAAGAAGACGGAGAGUGACUUGCAGUGGGAUCGCAUACAGAGGAGACUCAAAAGGCAGCUGAUGAUUAAAGACAUGGACUUCACAGACCUGAAGGAUGAAGACGACGAGGAUGUUUUCUACACGCCCAAAAUGUUUGGUGACAAUGGUUUUGGGCCUCCGCCACCACCCCCAGGUGGCAUGCCACCACCUCCACCCAUGAUGGGCGGCCUUCCUCCUCCACCACCCCCUCCAGGUGGCCUCCCGCCACCCCCUCCUCCACCCGGGGGCCGUGGACCACCCCCUCCACCUUCCCCCAACACAUCAGCCCUCCCUCCCCCACCAGGGGCCAACCUAAAGAAAAACAAAAAGACAGUCCGCUUGCACUGGCGUGCGCUGGCUGUGGAGCCGCAUGCAGCUCUGAAAGGUGAGGUCAUCUGGAAGCAGCUGGUGCCCAUCACCAUAGACACAGACAAGCUGGAGCACCUGUUUGAGACAAGGACCAGUGAACUCAAGGCUAAGAAACAAGACGCCACAGGGAAGAAAGAAAUCACCGUACUGGACCCUAAGAGAUCAAAUGCCAUCAACAUUGGUCUCACUGUUCUUCCCCCUCCCCGUGCCAUCAAGGCAGCUAUUCUAAAGAUGGAUAACUCUAUCAUGAAUAAAGAAGGAAUAGAGAAAAUUUUGAAUACCAUGAUUCCAACAGAAGAAGAAAAGUCCAAGAUCCUGGAGGCCCAGAUGGCCAACCCUGACAUCCCCCUGGGCACAGCUGAACAAUUCCUUCUCACCCUCUCUUCCAUAUUUGAACUAGAAGCACGACUCAAGUUGUGGCUCUUUAAGUUAGACUAUGAACUGUUAGAACAGGAAAUAGCAGAGCCUUUGAUGGAUCUCAAGAAAGGAAUCUCUGAACUCCAGAAGAACAAAACUUUCAGGUGUAUUCUCUCUGGUAUACUAGCAAUGGGAAAUUUUCUAAAUGGAGCAGCUAUCCAUGCCUUCAGUGUGGAGUUCUUGCAGCGUGUGCCAGAGAUCAAAGACACCGUCCACAAGCACUCACUGCUGCACCACCUGUGUUCACUCAUCAUUGAGCAGUUCCCUGAUUCUACAGACCUGUACUCAGAGAUUGGGCCCAUCACAAGAUGUUCCAGGAUUGACUGGGAUGAAUUGUCCCGCAAGCUUGACAAAAUGGAAUAUGAUUGUAAAGCCUCAUGGGAUCACCUUCGUGCCAUAGUCAAGCAUGACGGCAGCUCUACAGAUCUCAAGGGAAAGAUGUCAUUAUUCCUAGCAGACGCAGCAGAGAGAAUCAUGAUAUUACACAUAAUCAACAAGAGAAUCCUCAACAGAUACAACAAACUGCUGCUGUACCUGGGGUUUGCUGUCCAUGAUGCUAGAGAGAUGAAGAUCAACACAUUCUGUAAAGUGAUCAGUGAGUUUGCUCUAGAGUACAGGACCACCAGGGACAAGGUCCUGCAGAUGUUACAGAAGAAAGCCAAUCAAAGGGAGAGGAAGAAGACGAGGGGGAAGAUGAUUGUAGACACUGAAAACUUCAAGAACAAAGAUGCACAUAAUGAUGAUGCCUUGAGUGCAAUACUGAAGAAUGGCUACACAAGUGCUGAUGAGAGGGGCUUGCCAGGACAGAGAAGUCGAAGGAAAUUGGAUGCCCGUUCCAUGGGAUCAAGAGGUGGCAUGACGACAGACUCAGACAUGUAUGACACAGGUGACGACGAGAUCCUCGAGGCUUGUGUUAGGACAGCGACCGCACCCACAUCCAGACCACAGAGGGAGCGCAAGAGGUCGCGCAGUCAAAGAAAGUCUUUGAGGCGAACAUUAAAAGGUGGAUUGGAUCCUGAGGCCAUGAUGGUAGUUGGAUCAUUUGCUGACCAGGUGUAGGAGCAGCUGACCCAAGGCCUGAUGUACAAGUCACUACUUGUUGUUUUUUUUCUCUGUCUAACAAAGGCACCAACAAAUGUUUCCUUGUAUUUCUGCUUUGUUGUGGCUGCUGCCGAUUUGUCUUGUUUGUAUGAGGGAGGUAACCCUGUCUGCUAAUACUUCUGCUAAUUUGUCCUCAUCUGUUAAGACAAGUUGUAGACCUUUGGGAGAAGAAAGUUUUGGGGAAAGCUGUCAGGUUUUCUAGUCUUUCAUUUAACUGAUGGACACAUUUUUUUUUACGUUAAUUCUUUCUUAACUAUGCAAAUUCUUAACCCAGUCUUGUUAUUUUAUUGAAUAAUUAAGAUUGCCAUGAAAGAUUAAUAUUACUACCAAUUUUCGACAUUUUAUGAAAUUUUUACCAAACAUCAACUUUAAUUUUAAAGUUGGAUGUUUGCUUCAGGUUGUAAUAGAAUUUUGUUUUUAAAUUGCCAUAUAUUGCGUGGCGUUGUGGACGACAUAAAUAGGUAUGCACCAAGUUCCUGUGUUGACGUGCAAUAUCUCUUCCAGCUCAAUCGCGGCUUAGACUAUUUCUCUGUUGUGCAGAUUCAAGUUCAGGACUGCCAGCUCUGUUGUGUUAUAUUUUUUUUGAGUGAUAAUGAAACUGGUGAAUGUUCACACCCACUGUUGUUCCUAAUAUUUCCUGUCUCAAUGUAAAAACAAACAAAAUGAUGCUUCUCAUUUUUCGCACUGUACAUUUUUUUAAAGUCAUCUUUUUUUACACUAAUUUAUUGAUUUUAAUGAUGUAGGUGUAUAGCAGUUUGUGUUGUAUUAUGUAGAAUGAGCUUUUUUUUUAUUGUAGGUAACCUCAUGCUUGUUUUUAUUGACCCUGUUACAUCCAAUUUAUUUUCAACAUUUUCAGUUGCCAUUUUUACUUUAGCAUAAUCUUUUCAUUCAAAUAAAUAACAACAUGUCAUUAGAUUUUUGUUAACUUCAACAAGUACAUGUUUUUCUCCAAUUUGAAGUUAUUCCAUUCUUUGUUUACAUUUUUGUCGUUGCUCGCUCGACGAACCAAAAAACUGUUAACCUAGUCAUUUAAAAAAUUGUUCAACAUUAAAUCUUCAGCUACAGAUUUAUUGACAAAGAGAAUUCACUAUUCAUUUAGUUUUAUUUCCUUACAAAGUGAAUAUCAAACAAUAACAGAGAAUGAAUUUUGUUCAAAUAUGGUUUGCUAUAAAUUGUUUUUAAUUUAUUUUUUCUCUGUGCAAUGGCUAUUUAAAACUGUAACCUACCACAUAAACCUGACUCUAACCUGACCACUCGCUGUACCAACAUUCAUUCAACACUUGUUAAUCCUGAAACAACUCAGCCUAAUCCAUACAUUUUAGGAUAGGUCAUCGGCUUUCAUGAACACCAUCUUUUUAAAAUCAAAUUAUAAUACCAUCAACAUCAGCUGCAGAAAUUAGUUUUUUGAAUAUGCAAAACUAUAACAACCUUCUGUAGGGGUUUGAGCUGUCUGUAACAUGUAAAUAGUUCAAGUUGUGUAGAUUCAACUUUUUCACAGCCGUCCAUUUUUUCAACCUUGAACUAUCUCUCUCCUGUAUCACAUUCUUCUAUGCAAAACACAUUUUUAAUGCAAAUCUAAAAUAUUUUUACAUUUUUUAACCUUAUAAAAAUUUCACAGAUUUUAAAAAAAUAUUUUUAACUUUUUUAAAAACAUAUUUUGAAAAAUUUUUAACAAUUCAUUUUUAAAAUCUGUUACUAGAAAGAUAUGUAUUUUAUCUUAAUGUACUUUAAUUACCUGUUUCAUUAAUAAAUACAAAAUGUUCUUCUAGUUAAUCAAAUCCUUGCUCUGCUGUUUUAAUUAGUUUUAGUGAAAUUGUUUUAAAACUUUUCACCAUAUUUAAAUUGUAUAGUAGUGUACAACUGUAUUGAAGGGCAAGGUUUUAGAUGUUACAUCCAGUCUUCAAAUCUAGACUGUUAUUUGUUAUGACAACUAGACAACCAAAAAUUUGGAGCAGAUAUGAUAGCAACAAAGUUUAAUAAUGAUUUUUAACUGCUGAUGACUAUAACAAUACAAAUUAGCUGAUGUUAAUGGAAAUUCUUAACUGCUGAUGUAUACUAAAACCAACUAGCUAAUUUUGAAUGAGAUUUUCAACUGCUGAUGACUACAACCCUGCCAAACAGCUGAUGUUCCUAGCUUGAAUAUCAAAGCUUAUGUGUACUGCUGAAGGAAUGAUAAUUUAUUAUGACAAAAACUUAAAAAGAUGUGGCAUUGUUUAUGAUGAGUGUAUUAUAUUAUCAAUGUUUUAUUUAUCUCUGUAUAUCUGCAGCAUUGUAUUAAAUUCAUUACACUACCAGCCUGCAAAUGGGUGUGACGCAUAUUUCUGGAAUCUGCCUGGCAUAUUUCACCAGCCUGUUCUACAGAGGGGCAGCCUUGCAUGGCUGUCUUCCUCUAGCUUAGAACUCUCAGUCUAGCAUGGCUGCCUUCCUCUAGCUUAGAACUCUCAGUCUAGCUCGUUACAUCACGUUUGUCUUUAAUUUACCUGUAUUAGAUACCUGUAUUAGUGAAUUUUUCCGAGGUUUUUUUGUUUUGUUUAUUCGAUGCAUGAUAACGGUGUAGUGAUGCCAAGGCAGGUGCCAGAACCAAGAGUCUAACAAUAUUUAUUUUGUCAUGUUACUAAAUUUGUUACAACUUUAAGGUGAAAAUAAAAUGGCUAAGAUUCAAUCAGAAACACCAGUUCAUGUAUUUUUACACAAAAAAAAAAAAAAAUUUAAAUGAAAUCUUAAAAAAACUACAGGUGUACUGUACAGGUGCACUGCACAGGUGCACUAUUUGUUGACCCCCUGCUUGAACCAUAUACAGUUGUUGUAUAUACAGUUCAAUGUUUCUGUUUUCACAUUUGCCUUUUUCUAUUCAAGAUGAAAACAAAAAUAUAUUUAUUGUUUUACUUAAUUAAAAAAAAAAAUUAACAUUAAGUUCUACACAAGAUUGUAAUGAGUUCAUGUUAUAAAUAAUUUGUUCUAAUC